GUGAUGACGUGAUUAUCCUUUCUGAUCUGCCUCAGUAUGUCAAGAAUACAUUUUCGAUAUUACGUUCAAUCUGUCACUUGUGAAGUCUAAUACUCCAUUCAAAAUUGGAAGAUGUGGCAACCUUGCCAACUAACCUCACAUUCUGAGCCUCAUCUUUCAAUGCUAUGUAAACUGAAAAUUAUUCAUGUUUUGAACUUAUAUUUGUCUCUCGUGGUUGUUUAGCUAAGUUUUCAAAAUGCCUUACAAGUGCUGGGUUCCUAAUUAUGUCGGUAAUUACGGGAAGGGUCCGAAGGUAUACGUAUUUUCGUUUCCAUUGAACGAAAACUGUCGUAAAAGAUGGCUCAAUGCAAUCCCUCGUAGUGAUUUAGUGGUUACAAAAUACACCCGAGUAUGCAAUUUGCACUUCGCUGAGGACAUCAUCAUUUGGGAAUCCACCUUCCAUGACGAAAAGACAGGACAAAUCAAGCAGAAGAAGCCGAGAUGAGAAAUUGAGGGACAAGGAACAAGAAUAACUACUUAAAG